AGCAUGGGAGCGUGGAAGCCUAGCGGUGGCGGCAGCUCUCCGUCUCGAGGCUCAGCGGGGCGUCGCUUUCUUUUGUUUUUGCUUGGGUAGCGGGAGGCUUCCUGAGAUCUUUAGCCUCGGAGUCGACAGUGGGGCCCGGCCGGCCCCGGGGGUUGGCCUUUCCCAGGCCGGGCCGGGGAGACGAGUCAUACGCUCAGAUUUGUCUUGAAGCCCCUGUGGCGACUUGAAGAAGGCAUUACCACCCCCCGAGAUGGCAUCCACACUACCUACAACGGGGGCCCAGGACUGGAGAGAAGGAGGAAUGGGCCCGGAUAUGACGCUGCAGUGAGCUUAGCCAUGAGUGUGACGAGGAAGAAGGAGAGGAACCAGCAAAGGAAAGGAUGCUGAGAGAACACCGGGCCUCCUGCCCCGUUCACGAAUCUUCGUGGGCUGCUCAGUCUUCUCCUUUCCCUUAGAGCAUCCCUGCUUAAUGGUUUCCUUAAAGGUUCCCUGAGAGUUGUUCCCUCAUCUUUUCUCUUCUAAUAGGCUCUUCUAGAACCUCUCACAGUUUACCGUUUUGGUCCUUCUAUCACUGCCUCCAAAAUUAGGUCCAUUUUUACUUUGUUGUUCCUAAUCCCCACCUCUGGCCCUCAGAACCCAUUCAUACCCCCUACUCAGUACUCAGGGACCGUUUCCACCAGGCCCCUUUCUCCCUUGCCUCUGAUGUUUAUAGCUCUUCUUAGCCUUCCCAGACCGAGUAAGGAGGUAGAUUUCCAGCUUCUUGUCCUGAGAUGGGCUUUCCUGUUGUUUCAGGGACCAGCACUGUUUGAGGACCUGGCUGUAUAUUUUUCUCAAGAGGAGUGUGUGAGUCUGCAUCCUGCCCAGAGGUCCCUCAGCAGAGACACGACACAGGAGUGUUUGGAGAAUAUGGCCUUGAUGGGAGGAGAAGGCAAGAUUGAGAUUAAUCAGCAGCUAAAUCUAGAAUCUAUGAGACUUGAAAAGCUUGCCCUAGAAAAAUCCUCUGUUGCUGUGCCCCUUGUCUAUUACCCAGAAAAAUCCUCUGAGCAUGGAGUUGGAAACCUUGAAAGGAAAAUGUCAGAUGGAACUUCUGCUUGCAAGAGAAGGUUCAUAAGCCUUUUAGUUACCAUUGAAAACCAUACCCCAUUGAUAGAACUAUCUCAAUGUUUAGGAACAAGAGCACUUUCUGAAAUUCUUGAAUUUUCCGGGGAAGAAGCCAAAAAUUCAUACAUGUGUUCUGAAUGUGACCAAAGCUUCAGUGAUAGUUCAUACCUUGUUUCGCAUCAGAAAAUGCAUUCAGGAGAGAAAAACUAUAAAUGUGGUGACUGUGGGAAGAUUUUCAAUCACAGAGCCAACCUGAGAACACACAGGAGAAUCCACACCGGCGAGAAGCCUUAUAAGUGUGCCGAGUGUGGCAGCAGCUUCCGCCAGCACUCACAUCUGUCUCGUCACAUGAAUGUCCACGUAAAGGAGAAACCCUACAUCUGUGGCAUAUGUGGAAGAGGUUUCAUGGGGCUCCCAGGAUUGACACAGCAUCAGAAAACCCACGCCUCCAAAAAAGCCUGUGGUAAAUCUUUUGGUCAGAAAACAAACCUGUCUUUGCCUGAUAAAAGGCAUGGGUCAGCCAGGCAGCACCCAUGCAGUCUGACUGGGAAAUGCUUUGGGCAGCCCUCACACCCAGCCCUCCCCGAGAGGAGCCACAAGGACAACUCUGAACACUACAACGAUUGCAGGGAAAAUUUGCUUUUGUUCUCAAAAUUCAAACCCUUAAAGUGUCCUGAGUGUUCGAUGACCUUUCUUCGUUUCUCUGAGCUUAUCUCCCAUCAGAGCAUUCAUAGAGGGGAAAAGCCCCAUAAAUGCAAAACAUGUGCAGAAAGUUUUAUUCUGGACUCAGAGCUUGCAUGCCACCAGAAGAGCCACACAAGAGAGGAACCUUUUAAAUGCACCGUGUGUGGGAGAAGUUUCAGGUUGAAAACACAUCUCGUUGUCCAUCAGCGAACCCAUUCGCAAAACGCCAUGUAAAUAUAGCAAGUUUUCAUUAAUGCUUAUGCUUCUCAGUAUCUGAAAACUGGGGCACAGUCACCCUUUAUGUGCCAGGCACUGUGCUAAGCACUUUACACACAUUCCAUGUAACAUAUACUCUAAUUUUCACCACAGCCUUGAUUAAGGCACCGUUAUUUUCUGUUUUAUAAUCGAGGAAGCCUAGUCAUUGUCACAGCUACUGAACAAAGCCAGAAUUCUAACUCAGUGACUCAGUUACUAUCCAGAUUCCAUUUGUAUGAGCCAGAGAAAGAUAAAGAGCUUUUAAAAAAAAAUUCAGUUUUCACUAAAAUGAAGGUUAUUGCUAGAGUUCUUUUAGUUUUGUUUACAUGGUAUCUAAGUAAGUAUUAGAAGGAAAAUUUAUUUAUUGUUCGCUAGUUCUGCAGAUCUAGGAUCUAGAAAAGUAAGUACUUUUAUAUCUAUGUUAUACUUUUUUUUUUUUGCUGUAACAAUCUGAAUGUAAUAUUUGUAUGAGAUUAUUGUUUUACAUGUGAAUUUCUGGAGGGGUUUGGAAGCUUUCCUUGCCCCCCAUGUGAAGCAUUCCCAAAUGGGUUGGACUAGUUUGUGUCAAGAUGGCUGUUAGUAUCUGUAAAGUUAGUAUCCAUUCUCAGAUCUGAUGCCACUGGCCUUUGUGAUUCAAGUGUUUGGAAGGAAUUUUGGCAAUCUGACUAUAGCCCUUUCUGGUGCCUGGACUUGAGCAAGGGAAGGGUACUUGCUUCUCUCUAAGAGGAUUUAUUGAUACCUCCAAGUCUCUACCAAAACACAUUACCUGCCUUGCUAUGAAUAAUAGUAACUCUUAUUUAGUGCACAUACUAGAUACUUCAGGUAUAUUAUUUAAUUUGAUUUUCAGAAUAAAUCUGAGAGAAAAAGACUAUCCUCAUUUCAUAAAUGAGGAAAGAAGAGCCCACAGAGGGUAAAAUCAGUACCUUGCCCAAGACGCAAAAAUAGCAAUGUGCUGAAGCUGGCAUUUAACCGCAGGUCUGUGCCGCCAGAGGCUGUGUGUUCAGCAACACUGCGUUAUAUGUUGGCAUUUGUCCCACAUGUUAAAACUGCAGGCAGCUGGGGGGCUGAGAUGGGUGAGGAUGAUCAUCAUGGAGGCUGCCCUGUGCACAUGCUUAAUCCCAAGCCUGACUUAGGUGUGUGGUUACAAAGCAACAGAAAGACUCUCCAGGACUUCAGGUUCAAACUCCGUCUCUAUAAUCAGGGAUUGCAAACUCUACAGAGUAUAGUCUUUAAGGUUUCAGUUGAGUUUUGGUUUAAAAAAAAAGUUUUUCUUUCUCUAUAUCCAAAGAAAGAUACAUACCGAAAAUUGUUCGAGUUCAAUCAAAAUACUUGAAAACAGAUAGGUCUUUAGGUACUGCUGUUCCAUAUAAGUAUUGGAGCAAAAUAUUGUUUAAUGGAAUGGUUAUUAAUGUUCAAGAGGGGAUCUUAUAAAUGUACAUUCAUAUGGAAUUUCUCUUUAAAGCAAAAUUGUGUACCUAUCAGCAAAGCAGCAUUUAAAGGGGUUUUUGAUUGGGAUGUGAGAAUGGUCUUAUUCUAUUUAAAUAGUAUAAAAGUACAGCAUUUACUAACCCCAUUUAAUAAAAUGGGGUUACCACUGGGAAACCUCAGGAGUAAUAACAGGCCUCUUUAGGACUAAUUGGAGGAAAGUAGCACCUGGAAGAUAGGGUGUUUCUACUGAACCACAGAUUGAGAGCUGAAUGUACAGAAAGGUACUGGCUACUGCUAUAAGCUCUUAACACUGAUUAUAGGCAGGAAGAUACUGUUGAUGAGGAUAAGGGAAACCACAAUAGCCCUAACCCAGCUCACCCACUCCUUUCCCCCCUUUUCUCAUUCUUCUUUUGCUUCUUGUUUGCAGAUCCACAGUUGAGACCCUGUGCUGUCACAGGGUAUGUCAGGGUCACACUUGGCUCACUGUUUCUGAUGUCUCCACUCUUAGGAUACAGGACACCAGUCUGCCAGGUGUUCGAGGUGUUAAAUAAAAAAGUGAGGUCUCCUAUAGGUUUUUCUUCAGCAAGUGUCUCUCUGUCUGAGGUGCUCUGUCUUGUGUAUAAAGAUGGUCUCCAGUUAGCUUUCUUAUCAGCCAGCUCUGGGGUAUAAUGAUCUUUACUAAAUGUCAGAAGGUACUGUCUCCCUGCUCUCCUGCUUCUGCCUUUGGUGGGAGCAGCUGGUGCAGUGCCUCAUCAGCACCUAGUAGGGACUUCCAUAUUUCAGUUAACUGAAGAGUUGCAGGGUAGGGAAUGAAAUUGGGAAAGAGGCCCAUAGUAGCAGAGUUAAUGCAGAAAGAAGUAGAAAAGACUAUUUUAGAAGGCACUUGAACAGAAGGGGGAUGACCUGCAAUACAGAAGCUGUCAUCUUUUCCUUUGCUUCAAAGAAGGUAUGUGGGAAGGUGACAAUUUAUACCAUAAAUGCAGUUUGGCACUCAGCAUGGGAAGUCACCUUUCCAGGUGAGGUUUCCUUCACAAUUAACUUCAAUAUUUACAUUUUUUAAAAUUUUCUAGAUUUUGGAAGAUUAUACCAAACCACCGUAAGAGAUUUAAAAAAAAUCUUUUAUAAAGACAUUAAUAUACACAUGAGUGUAAUUAAAAGCCUUUUUGGUGUAAUAUUGUUAAUGAUUGGUAUGCACAGAAGAAAAAAAUCUGUGAGUGCCAGUUACUGUGAAAGAGGUGUAUUUUCAGUUGCUUUAUUGUGCACUUGCACUUAAAUACAUUUGCUGGAUGUAAUUCAAGCUGCUCUGAGCCCAAGGAGUUAAAGGAAGUGGUCAGUGUGCAUCAGUGACACCCAUGCUGUUUUUAUGGUGAUGGAUUUUUCACCUGUCUAUUUACAGUGUUAACUGACAGAUUCCACAGAUGGUCAGCUCAGAGACAUCAUGAGCCUACCAUGUUAGUUUUAAUGAAUACUUGGAUGAAGGUUAAUACAGGGGUGAAAAAGUAAAUGCAGGAGUUUAUCGCUAGGUACGGUUCGUUCAUGACAUUUUGCAGCGUGGAUGUUGACACAGGCAGAGUGAAAACUUUGUACUGAAGGAUUCAGUUGUUGAACAAAUUUCUUGGGUUUUGUUGUUGAUGCAGUGAUGAAAAUGUGUAUCAAACAAGUCCUUAAUGUGAUUGCUGUAAUAUCAGGUUCUGUAACAGCCAUCAUUGAUGAAAACAGCAUUAUUCCAAUAAUAGCAUGCAGAUGUUAACAGUUUACAUUUGGUAAUUAAAGAAACUGUGGAAUUUGUUAUUCUUAAAGGAGUUCAACUCAAAAUAGUUUUGUUUACAGCUCCGUUGCAGUAGGUAAUAGUCUAUUCACAUCUCCCCAUUUAACAUAGAACAUGACUAACCCAGUAAUUCAGGGGGUUAAAACUAAAAAGUGACGUUUCACAGCAAAUGCCAUUUUGAGUCUGACUCCUGCGAUUCCAUAUAAUAUUAAGUGGCAUUGUUCUCAUGACUGCAGCAUGUCAUACAAUCUGAUACUGCAGAUUUUGCUGAGUAAUCUGCCAGUUUACUGCAUAUGUGUACUAAGCAGGUUAUAGUUUAUCUGAAUAGCCUAUCUAAAAUUGUUCAUUAAACUUGUUUUGCCUAUAGGGUUUCCGUUGGAAAGUGUUUUUUUUUUUUUGGUGGCACAUGGGCUUAGUUGCUCCGUGGCCUGUGGGAUCUUCCUAGAGCAGGGAUCAAACCUAUGUCCCCUGCAUUGGCAGGCGGAUUCCUAACCACUGCACCACCUAGGACGCCCUGGAAAGUGUUUUUGCUUGGACCAUCUGUUUAACUAAACGAUCUUCAUUAGAAGUGUGUAUAUUCAUCUGUUUUAGUUUUAUAGAUUGAGAGGCUAUUGAUCUGAUACCAAGAUGACCAUUAUCCGAUAUCUUUUCACGGCCCAUCUCACUGCAGAUGUUUUGUCUUAUUUUUGACAUACCUCUAUUAACAGUCUGGGGAGGCUGGGGAUGUGACAUACAGUUUUAUAAACCUGAGACUAUGCUGCAAUCUUUAGUUCCUUUGGAUACCUUAGAAGUUAUGUUUGUUGGAGGCACUUGUGCUGUUUGUUUAAUGUGUUGAUUUUACAAUUUUUGGUGGUGUUCUGAUCUCUCUUAGCUCUAAAGAGGAAGCUCUCACUGGGCACUGAUUACUGUCUAUCUGAUGUGCAAUUUGGCAUGUAAUAAAUUUUUUUUAU